AUGCUGCCCCAGCGGCAGAGCGGCACGCCGACGGCGCUGCAACGCGCCGUACGCGCGCGCGAAGCCGCGAAACCCAAGAAGCAGCGACGCAAAUGGAACAUACAGCCGGUGCGGCUUGCUGCUGCGGACCGGGUGGCCUACCCGCCGGGCCAGCGGCCGGCGCCGCGCCCGCGCACGCCGGCCGCGCCGAGCGAGAAGACGUCGGUGCCGCGCGCGCGCACGCCGGCGGUCGACGCACCCAAAUCGUCGCGCACGCCCCGCGUGACACCCCCCAAAACAGCAAUCACGAGCCACGCGGCGCUCGCGGCCAAGCGCGCGCGCCACCUCGCCGCGGGCGACGCCACGCCGCGGCAUCAGCCCGCGCCGGCGCUGGCGUCGGUGCCGGCGCCGAAGGCACUGAUACCCGAGGAGCAGCCCGUCCGCGGCGCCGCCCAGGCGCGCGCCGUGACGCCCGACGAGGGCUCUCAUCAGAGGCGGGACCUGCGGGCCGUCGUCUACGACGCCGAGAAAAAAACACUGCUGUGGCAGGCGCCGGAAGGUGUACAACCGGUGCCGUACGGGGAGGCACUCACUAUGGCGCGGCCGCCGCGCUACGUGCGCGCAUUCUACGACGUCGCCUCGGGUGAGACCUGCUGGACGGCCGACGAGCGCGUUCCGGCGGCCGCGCCCGACGCGGCCGACGCCUCGGAGGACGCCUCGGAGGACGCCGCGUCCGACGCCUGCAUCGACGCGCGCGGCACGGCGGCGUCGCCCGUCGCGUCGCCCGCGGCGUCUUCGGAGUAUUCCGAGGCCUUCGAGACGGACGACGAGAGCUUCGCGGUCGACGAUGCGGAGGUCGGCGCGUCCUGCUUCUUCGACGACGUGUGCAACCACGGCGUCGCGGAGAAGCGACGACACCUGGCCCUCGACGGCGGCAUGGAGGAGAUGCGGCGGCGCAUCGAGCGCAUGGAGGUGUCGCUCCGCGAGGGGGGCAUCGUACCUGCGUAA